UUAUAAUAUUUUAUUUUUCUUUACACCUUGAUACUCAGCGUGAUAUUUGGACAACGUUAUUCUCAGCGAUUAAACGACACCUUCUUCAACCUCGCGGCAUGCGGAACAACAUCGUCUCGUUCUCCAUCUGUCGUUUACCACUCCAUGAGCGUCGUUUCCUCAGCCGUUUCCUUUCCGAUGACCUAUACGACCCGCCGUUCUCCCCUUCUCCGAAACCCCUUAAAGCAAACAAGAAAAAGAAGCAUUCCGAAAACGGAGCUCCGAAACAAAACGGAGCCCCAAAGUUUCCCUUAAAAUCGAACCUCCCAUUCGAUUUCAGAUACUCCUAUUCGGAGACCCAACCUUCGGUUGAGCCCAUCAGUUUUCGCGAAUCGCCCAAGUUCUCCCCGUUUGGGCCUGGCCGACUCGACCGGACAUGGACCGGCGUUUCUGCUCCGGUUCGGAGUGAACCGGACUGGAAGAGGGUGGAGGAGGAACAAAACCGGGUUCUCGGAGCGCCACUCAGUGAGGAUGAGGUGGCCGAGCUCGUCGAACGCUACCGUCACAGUGACUGUGUCAGGCAAAUCAAUUUAGGAAAGGGUGGAGUCACACACAACAUGUUGGACGACAUCCAUAAUCACUGGAAGAAGGCUGAAGCUGUGAGGAUUAAGUGCUUGGGUGUGCCAACUCUUGACAUGGACAAUGUUUGCUUCCACCUUGAGAACAAGUCUUAUGGGAAAGUUAUCUACCGCAACAUUAAUAUACUGCUUCUGUACAGAGGACGGAACUAUGAUCCCACGAACCGUCCAGUUAUUCCUCUCAUGCUGUGGAAGCCUUAUGCACCAAUAUAUCCUAGGCUUGUGAAGAAUGUAAUAGAAGGCUUGACAUAUGAAGAAACAAAAGAAAUUAGAAACAACGGAUUGAAUUCAGAUCCUCUCAUUAAACUCACCAGAAAUGGUGUGUAUGUGAAUGUGGUGGAGAGGGUGAGGGAGGCUUUUAAGACUAGGGAGGUUGUGAGACUUGACUGUACCCAUGUGGGAACCAGUGACUGCAAAAAGAUUGGAGUAAAGCUAAGGGAUUUGGUGCCAUGUGUCCCUAUCUUAUUUAAGGAUGAGCAGAUAAUCCUCUGGAGAGGAAAUUUCAAAGAAGAGCAGCCUUCAGAUUCACAAUGUCAGCAAUCCAUAUCUGCAGGGUGAAAAAGCAUUGAUUCACAACUGAAACCCCCAAAUCAACUUGCAACAUUGAAAAUCCGAUGGAAUGUAUUGCUACGCCAACAGUCUGGUAUUAUGUGAUAAGCAACAACUAUAUGCAGUGAGAAAUCUGCAAUUUUUUUUAAUAGGAAAUAAUAAUCUAUAACAGUUUUAUAGAAGUAAGAUGAUUUUAUACGUUUAUAAUUUUCUAGACUUAGACAAACAAAAGUAUUUUCUCUGUAGCGUUGUAUAGUAAAAGAAUCUUAGGGUAGCUGAUAUGAAGCUAGAAAGGAAGCUAAAGCUAGACUACAAAAGACAAUUUAAAUUUCUAUGUCAUUCUAGUUAUCAAGACAGGUCUACAUUUAGUGAGUCAAUUCCUAAACGUCAUUUGUCUCUUAUUCUAACGAAGAACAUUCUUAAAUUUGACAGUGAGAACUAGAACUAGAAUUCGAUGUAAUUUUUUUAACCAUAUGGACUCUCUUACUUUUCCAUGUCCGUUCAGGUAUUUCAAAUGUCUGCCACUACUUUCUGUACCUCAUGUUUUUUCUGUACUCA